AUGUUAGGGCUCAGCUUUUUCGCUGGCUGGCUCGGAUCUUUCCUAUUAAACCGAUCUAUAAGGUUGCAGCUUCCCGGAUAUUUCAGUAACCUUAUUCCAACCCUUACCGGUAUCCCCCAAAGAUUCCCUGUAUCGCCAAUCCUAUUCCUCUUAUUUAAUACCCCCCUUAUUCGCGCCCUGUUAAUUGACAGUAUCAAGGCCCUUCGAAUUCAGCUACCCCUUCUGGAGGGAAGCAAGACGGUCCCCUACGGGUGGAUUAACGAUAUUGUUACCCUGGCCAUCUCGGAUAGCUACGCGGUCAACCAGUGUCUUCUAGAGAGGGCCCUAGAUAAGGCCGCGGUAUGGUCAAGGCAGCAUUCGUCCAAAUUUGCCUCCGAUAAAUUCGAACUCAUUCAUUUCAAGAACCCGUUUCGCCCUGACCCUGCGGUAAAACGAUCUGUACCGCAGAAAUAUAUAUAUACUGAGCCGUGGCAGGGAGAGGACCCAGAGGUUGAUAACUGGGAUCCCCCAAUGGAAUCUCCUGGUCACGACCAGCUGCCUAUCAAGGACCACGCAACCGGCUCUAUCAUCAAGCCAAUAGAGUACGCCAAAUAUCUAGGAAUCUGGCUCGAUAGGACCCUUUUGUUUGACACUCACAGGGCCAAGGCCCUUGCCAAGGCGAACAGAACCUUGGAAGCCUUCCGCAGCAUCUCAGGCUCGACCUGGGGGACCUCCCUGCUGAGCAUGCGCCGCAUCUACCUAGCAGUGGUAGUCCCUCAGCUACUCUACGGGGCGGCAGCCUGGUAUAGCCCUACGAGCCGGACAGCUAACUACAAGAAGCUCCAGAAGACAGUUAAUGAAUUUUAG